AUGGCGUACCUAGACGAGGGCAGGCCGACGUCGCCGCAGAGCUACGCGCGCCGCCCGCUCAGCUGCUCGACGUGCCGCGUCAAGAAGAUCCGGUGCGACAAGCGCGUGCCGUGCUGCCACUGCGCCAAGGCAAACCUGCGCUGCACCUUCCCGGCCCAGCGCAAGCCGCGGGAACGCAAGCCGCACCUGAGGAACCGGUCGCCAGAGGCGCACGGCCAGGAGAAACAGCUGGCGGACCGGCUGCGCAGCCUGGAGGCCCAGGUGUCGUCGCUCCAGACCCAGCUGAUGGAUGCGAGGGCGCCGCCGCCACGGUACGAGGAGCUGGUGAAGCGGCGGUCGGCGGUGCAUCCGCGGGCAGCGGUCUCGCACAUCAAGUCGUCCUUUUGGGCGAGCAUCAACUUCGAGGCUGGUCAUCUCCUACAAGGCUUUCUGCAGCAGCAACUUGCGUCUCCGCGCUGCAAGAGCAUGCAAUUACAGUUCCAGUACAAUACCGUGGUAGCGCCCGCGGCUCCUCUGCCAACUCAGCCCGACGUCUCGAUGCUGCUGUUCAAAUCCUUCCAAGGAGCGCGCCAUCCUCUCCAUCAUCCGCCAGAGACACACAUGAUGCUCUUUUGGCACGUCUUCAAGGAGAACGUCGAGCCCAUGGUCGGACUGCUGCACUGCCCGACCAUGGCCAACCUGGUCGAGAGGGCGCUCUGGCACAGACACACGCUGUCCACAGCCGAGCACACGCUGCUCUUUUCCAUGUAUUACGUCUCAGCCGCAGCAAUGGGCGAAGAAGCAAUCAUCCGCGAGUUCUCCGUCUCCAAGAGCGCCCUGCUCAGCCGCAUGCGCGUCCUGGCCGAGCACGCCCUCGUGGCCGCCAAGUUCGCCAGCGCCGCCGACGUCACCGUCCUGCAGGCCGCCAUGCUCUUCGUGCUCGUGCUGCGCAAGACGGGCGGUGCGCGCAGCGCCGGCAGCCUCGUCGGCGUCAUCGUGCACCUCGCGCAGUGUCUGCGGCUGCACAAGGACGGCGCCGACCUGCACGACCUCACCCCGUUCGAGACGGAGAUGCGCCGACGGCUGUUCUGGUCCGUCGUGGUGCUGGACCAGCGCUCCGCCGAGGACCUGGGCACCGACCCGCUGCUGCCCGAGACGACGUGGGACGCGCCGCUGCCACUCAACAUCAACGAUGAGGACAUUUGCGAGGGCUCGCCGGUGCUGCCGGAGGAGCGCGCUGGCAUGACCGACAUGACCUUCUUCCUGAUCCGUGUGCACACGACGCAGACGUCGGUCCGGGUGCGCCGGCUGGCCUCGGAGGAGGGCCAGACGCUGGAGAGCCUCGACGAGCUGUGCGAGGAGGCCUGGCGGGCGACGCACUCCACGCUGCGCCGCACCUUCGUGGACCCGAACCCGAGCCACGAGCUGGCGUGGGCCGCCGAGGCGAUGACCUCGUGCAUCGUCGCCAAGAUGAAGCUCACCGACCAAUGCUCCUUCUUCUACCCUCCUGGCACCGACGCGCACGACGAGGCGUCCAGUCGCCGCCGGUCGACCGCGCAGCUCGCCGCCGCGAUCCGCGUGCUGGAGCAGAACCACGCGGCCAACGCGGACGCGCGCUGGUCGCGCUGGCGCUGGAUCUUCGUCGCGUACGCGCGCUGCCACGGGUCCGCCGUGCUCCUGACGGAGAUGCUGCGGCGGCCGUGGGCGCCGGUCAGCGAGCAAGGCUGGGCGGCGCUGCACGCCGUCCUGGGCGACUCGCAGCCCGGCGAGCUGGAGGACCAGCGGGGGAUGAUGCCGCUGCCGUUUGGGUUCGUUUAUGAGCUGACGAGGCGGUACCGCGAGUCCGAGUACGAGCGGCUGCGCGGCGCGCCGGAGGAGGCGCGACGACUGCUGCUGCAGGAGGAGGAGGGGGGGAGCAAGGAGGAUGGUAGUGGUGGUGGUAGUGGUGGUGGUGGUGGUGGGACUAGCGGCGCCGAUCGCCCCGGCGUUUCGGCAUCAUCUCUGGAGCGCUGGCGGCGGGCGGCGGGGCUCGGGGAUGUCUGCGUGGCGCCGCAGCCACGCGGGCUCAUCGCGCCGGAGCCCCUGGACGAUUAUGGGGAACAACGCAUCUCGGGUCUUGGAGAGGCGGUGGCGCUCUCGAUGGCGCAGUCUGUGCCUGAGAUGCCGUCGACGGCGGCAGCACCGGGCUUCGACAUGGGCAUCGAGGCGUGGCCGGUGGGGGAGAUGAUGCCGGUGGAAUACAUGGAGAGCAUACUGGACGAGCUGUUCUAG